AUGAUCUGCAAGUUAAUUGAUUAUGGAUUAAUUGGGGAAAAAGGAAAAAAUAAAGGGGAAAAUAAGGGGAAUAAUGGAGAAAAACAGGAUCAAAAGGAAACCAAAAAACAAAUAGAAAAUAGGUUAAAUCAACGAGUCAAAUAUGCAGGAGAAACCAUACAGCAAGGGCUAAACAAGAGGAUAAAUAGGAAAUGGGAGUGA